ACCAAACCCUUGACACGAUUAGAGGAAAUUUCGCUCUGGCCAGGUUGCGGUGCAUAGAGUACGGAGCAUUGGGGUUUGGCGGGUCGUUCAAUUGUCUCUACCGCCAUGGCAAGCUUGCAGGCCGCGAAGAAGGAACUGCGAAGCAGGAUUAAAACUGUCCUGUCUGGCCUCUCGGGGGAGUCAGUCAAUAAGCAAUCUUCUACCAUAACGAACGCGCUUUUAUCUUUGCCAGAAUACCAGGCUGCUAAGCGAUUAAGCGUGUAUCUUGCGAUGCCCUCUGGGGAGGUUCAAACGGCGGACAUCGUCCGGGAUGCAUUUAGCCAAGGUAAACAGGUGUAUGUGCCCUAUAUCUACCAACUAGAUCCUGUGUCUACGCAAGGAAGGAAGUCUGUGAUGGAGAUGCUGGCACUCCGUUCAAUUGAGGAUUACGAGUCUCUGCAGCCAGAUAAAUGGGGUAUCCCUUCGCUGGACGCAGGCUCACUUGCUACAAGAGAAAAUUGCUUUGGGGGAUAUGGACUUCGAGGGCUGUCUCAUCCUUCCACAGAGACAAGUAAGGCUGGAUUAGAUUUGAUUGUUGUGCCAGGACUAGCAUUUGAUGAAAGCUUCGGAAGACUCGGCCAUGGCAAGGGCUAUUAUGACCAUUUCUUCAUGCGAUGUCGAGAUGAUACCACAAGCACAAGUCGAAAACCGUAUCUCGCUGCUCUGGCUCUGCAAGAGCAAAUUCUUCCUCCUCCAGAACGGGUUCCAGCCGGUGAACAAGAUUACCCAGUAGACGCGCUAAUCGCGGGUGACGGACGGGUACUGAAGCGGGAAUAGACGCAAAUCAUUCUUUCACCUUCUCCUUCGCAUUUUCUUUCGCCGAGAAAUAAA